AUGUACUGUUUGGUGAAUGUGCUUGGAAGAGUUGGAAUGGAGUCACUACUCUUGGAUGUCCCUUUUGUGUGUAAGGCAUGGCACAAAGCAAGCCACAAUCCUUCAUGCUCGCUAAGCAUCGAUUUCCCGGAAGUAAAACCAGUUGAUCCUUCUGUUGCUGAGGUUUUGGGUUUUUUGACUGCAGCUCCUACCCUUACAAGAAAAUUUCGAUUCAAGUAUCGAAUUAAAAGCUUCUCUGUCACUGCUUUCAUAAAGUUUGUCAUCAACCGUAGUCAGGGCAAUGUAACUUUUCUCAAGCUGCCUGGAUGGUGUACACAAGAAGCACUGAAAUUUGUCGCAGAUGCGUGUACUGGCCUGAAGUCUCUAUCUUUGGCCGAAGAACUUCUGUAUGAAAAUUCAGCCUUGUUUCCGGAGCUCAUCAGCUUUGCAGUUGUCAAUUGCAUGCCUAAUAUCAAGUACUUGACCAUGAGGAAAGUUAAAGUUCUUCGUGCUGAUCUAGUCACAAUUCUACGAGGAUGCAAAGACCUUGCUUUUUUGGAUGUCAGGGAUUGCAGAGUUGUUAAUGAUGAAGAAUUAUCAAAAUUUGCCUCUCAACUUGAAGUCAUUUGUGAUGUGGCUUCUCUUGCCUUUGAGGCCGGUGAUAAUGUUUAUUUUCAUAUUUUGUGUUAA